AUGGCGAGCUCCAAUGAAUUCACCGUACCAGUCGGCACUCGUCAUUCAUUUGGUAUAGAAUUGGAAUUUCUGGUAGCUUAUUUACCGAAUAGUGAGCCCGAUCCAAAUGAAACCGAAGCUCACUUGCUCCCCCCUCUACUACGAGUCGAUACUUCUAACUACAAAGCCACGAUAGAAAUCAGGGAAAGUAUUCGUGCUACUCUUAAGGCAAAUGGGGUUCCUGUUUCUGAAGCUAAUAGUGGUUUCGCUACGUCGACAGAUUUGACUAGGGACAAAUUACCUUAUCGACUUCGUGGAAAAAACAAAUGGAACGUCGCUCUAGAUGGUAGUCUCGGGGAAACGUUCAUGGAUAAAUACAAGUGGCAACCUAUCGAAAUCCAAAGCCCAGCGUUAUGGGCAACGGACGAGUCGUUCAAAGAGAUUGAGCAUGUUACCAACGUCCUCACUUAUAACUACCGCCUCCGUGUCAAUCCAACAUGUGGUUUCCACGUUCAUGUCGGGAACGGAACAGAUUUCUUCACGGGUGAAGCAAUCAGGAGAUUAGGUAUGUUCCUCUGGGCUGCCGAUCCUACACUCUCACGUCUGCACCCCCCGUGGCGCAGAGUUCACUCAUAUUCAGCGAGCAUUCGUUACCAUAGCCAACUAGCCACUAAAGGAACUACUAUAAAAGAUGUCAAAAAAGAGUUUGAACAGUGGUUGUCGACUGAUGACCCCAUAGCAAUAACUAAAUUUUCAGAUACCACCAGGGAGGAAGUAGCAUUCGGCAGUGUGGAAAGGUGGGAGGCAUACGCAAAGUGGCGUAAUCGUGUACAGCUUAUGGUUCUCGCGCAAUGUGCGUCUAUGUAUGAUAGUGGUCUCAAUGAGAUAGAUGAUGAAAAAUUUUACAAAGUUUUAGUAGCAAGCGCGCCGUAUUUCGAAGCUGCGCGUUUCGGUUGGCAAUACGAUCCAGUUGCUAAAAACUUCUCCUUAGCAUCAUCUGUCGUUGGCCCCAUACUCUCAAAGCCGAGACCAAAGAAGGAAGAGCGGAUCGACUGGCCCUAUACCAUCAGAAAGUGGCAAAACGCAGUUGAGCUAAUGGAACCAGAUAAAGAUGACGAUCACCCAAGCUUCUCUGAAUACAACAAAGCCAUACAAACGAACGUGGGUAUCUCGAAUCUGUUCAAGAAAUUCGGAUCCCGCGCCGACUCACCAGAUUCGCAGUAUCAGCGCAACAUACCAUCGCCGCGUUCUGAUAUUAGCCUUACAUCGUCUCCUAUCACCAUCCCUUUAUCAUCUUCCCCUGAUGCUUCUAAACUGGGGUCCAGCCCCCUGGAUCCCAACCCGGAGCCUCUACCCAAAAGUCCAUCUUCCGAUGAGUCAUCUAACGAUUCGCUACCUAAGCUACAAAGAUGUUUUUCCAAUCUAUCCUAUCACCAUAAUAUAGAUUUCAACGCACCAUGUAGUCCUUUCCCCUCAUACGUCGAUUACGAGUCUGAGGAGGAGGAGUCCUGGCCACAGAAGAUGCGCCCCCACGACGUAGGUGAUAUCACAGCCCUCUACCAGUCCGAAAUCGCCAAGUACGCCUCGAUCCCCGACGCAAUGUGGGACCGCAUCGGCUGGGUUCCGUCGAUUUUAAACCCCCUCCCAGACCCAGCGGGCGAGAAUGCAAAAAACGACCCUAUUUUCUCCAACGCGUACACGAACGAAAGAUCGACGGUACCAAAAGUGCACCCUAUUACUUCGGGAAUUGAAGGUAUCGCCAAACUCGCGGCCUGCGAUUCGGCCAUGGCCGUCGCGACGCUCCUCGAGGGCCCGUUCGGCCGCCGCCUCAACUACAACUUCAAGCACUACUCGGCGUCGGCGUUGAGAGACGAUAGGGAAGAAGGGAUCAUGUCGGUGAACCCGCGCACGAUCGAGUUCCGCGAGGCGGCGGGGACGCUCGACGCGAAGUGGAUUUCGAUGUGGGUGCGCAUCACGACGGGACUUGUGCGAUUUGCACGACUCGCGAGUCCCGCCGAUUACCUAGUCGUUUUAGAUAGGCUUAUGGAACAAGAGGAUCGCGAUGUCGCUAUCAGGACGGCUAAGGCUAAUGGGACUUACGACCCUGCAUAUCACAACGAAGACGAUAGGUACGAUGUUUGCGAUUUGCUCGAGGAUAUCGGGUUAUUCUCCGAAGCCGCUUUACUUCGGAGGCGGGAGCAGGAGCGUGGCCCGCCUAGGUGA